CAGAGCUCAGGGGUAGAGACGCACCCCAGGAGCUGGCCGUCUACAUCCCGCAAGCAUCAGCCGCCUCGAACUAUGAGCCGGAGGAGUCGUUUGCUCCGGUUCCCGCUGCUCCUGCUGCUGCUGCAGCCGCCCCAGGUCCUGCCCGCGGAUUCCCGGGCCCCCGCGCCGGUGAAUCCUUGCUGUUACUACCCAUGUCAACACCAGGGGAUCUGUGUCCGCUUCGGCCUUGACCGCUACCAGUGUGACUGCACCCGCACGGGAUAUUCUGGCCCCAACUGCACCAUCCCCGAGCUGUGGACCUGGCUCCGGAAUUCACUGCGACCCAGCCCCUCUUUCCUCCACUUCCUGCUGACUCAUGGACGCUGGUUCUGGGAGUUUGUCAAUGCCACUUUCAUCCGAGAUAUGCUUAUGCGCCUGGUACUCACAGUGCGUUCCAACCUUAUCCCCAGCCCCCCCACCUACAACACAGCGCACGACUACAUCAGCUGGGAGUCCUUCUCCAAUGUGAGCUAUUAUACUCGCAUUCUGCCCUCCGUGCCCCAAGACUGCCCCACGCCCAUGGGAACCAAAGGGAAGAAGCAGUUGCCGGAUGCCCAGCUACUGGGCCAUCGUUUCCUGCUCAGGAGGAAGUUCAUACCUGACCCCCAAGGCACCAACCUCAUGUUCGCCUUCUUUGCACAACACUUCACCCACCAGUUCUUCAAAACUUCUGGCAAGAUGGGUCCUGGCUUCACCAAGGCCUUGGGCCAUGGGGUAGAUCUCGGCCACAUUUAUGGGGACAACCUCGAACGUCAGUAUCAGCUGCGGCUCUUUAAGGAUGGGAAACUCAAAUACCAGGUGCUGCAUGGAGAGAUGUACCCGCCAUCGGUGGAGGAGGCGCCGGUGUUGAUGCACUACCCACGGAACAUUCCGCCCCACAGCCAGAUGGCCGUGGGUCAGGAGGUGUUUGGGCUGCUUCCCGGGCUCAUGCUGUAUGCCACGCUCUGGCUGCGUGAGCACAACCGUGUGUGUGACCUGCUGAAGACUGAGCACCCCACCUGGGGUGAUGAGCAACUCUUCCAGACGGCGCGCCUCAUCCUUAUUGGGGAGACCAUCAAGAUUGUGAUUGAGGAGUACGUGCAGCAGCUGAGCGGCUACUUCCUGCAGCUGAAGUUCGACCCAGAGCUGCUGUUUGGUGUCCAGUUCCAGUACCGCAACCGCAUUGCCAUGGAAUUCAACCAGUUGUACCACUGGCACCCACUCAUGCCUGACUCCUUCAAGGUGGGCUCCCAGGAGUACAGCUACGAGCAGUUCCUGUUCAACACCUCCAUGCUGGUGGACUACGGGGUCGAGGCCCUGGUGGAUGCCUUCUCUCGCCAGAGCGCUGGCCGGAUUGGUGGGGGUAGGAACAUGGACCAUCAUGUUUUGCAUGUGGCUGUCGAUGUCAUCAAGGAAUCCCGCGAGCUGCGGCUGCAGCCCUUCAAUGAAUACCGCAAGAGGUUUGGCAUGAGACCCUACACAUCCUUUCAGGAGCUCACAGGAGAGAAGGAGAUGGCAGCUGAGUUGGAGGAGCUAUAUGGAGACAUUGAUGCCUUGGAAUUCUUCCCGGGGCUGCUUCUGGAAAAGUGCCAUCCAAACUCCAUCUUUGGGGAGAGUAUGAUAGAAAUUGGGGCUCCCUUUUCCCUCAAGGGCCUUCUAGGGAAUCCCAUCUGUUCUCCAGAGUAUUGGAAGCCAAGCACAUUCGGUGGUGAGAUGGGCUUCAACAUGGUCAAGACAGCCACGCUGAAGAAGCUCGUCUGCCUCAACACGAAGACUUGUCCCUACGUUUCCUUCCAUGUGCCUGACCCCCACCAGGAUGACGGGCCUGGUGUGGAGCGGCCAUCCACAGAGCUCUGAGCGGGGAGGGCAGCAGCACUCUGGGGGUGGUGAACUUUGUGCUUGUCAUCCCAGAAUGCUGAGGCCGGGGUUGAAAAUCUUAAACGUUGGGUAUCUGGUUUGGCAUUGAGAGUAUCAAGGUCGACAUUUAGUACUUUGUGUCUCUCACCCAUUAUCUGGAAUAUUGUGGUUUGUUAUUCUAAAUGCUGAAUUCCUGAUUGACCAUCCAGAAUGUUAGAAGCGAUUCUUCUUUGACAUGCCAGAACACUGAGUUCCUGGUUGAUGACCUAGAAUGUCAGAUUUCUGGUUGACUUGGAACAUAGUCAUUCUGAAAUGUGGAGCUCCUGAUGAAAUCAUCUAGAAAGUUAAGGGAUUCUCAUUUUGCAUUCUAGAAUUCUGAGUGGCCCUCCAGAAUGUUGGCUUUCUGAAUGGCAAUUCAGAAUGUCAUGUUCCUGGUUGCUGAUCUUCUAGAUCAAUGUGCCAGAUCUAAUAUGCCAGAUCAAUCUUGAUCUGAAUGUCUAGAAUGAUUUGAUUCAUUUUCCUGCUCAGUGAGAUAUCCACAGAGCCGGAGAAUCUAUGGUUUAAGGUCUAACAAGAGUGCAUUGCCCGACUGUGUAUACCAAGGGGCAAGGAGUUAGGGUGUUCUUCUGGGGAUUCCAACUUAGACCCUGGUCCAAGGAGAUAGAGAGAACAGGUGGCUUUUUUCCAGGCCACUGGUUGGAAGCCACCAGAGUUCUGUCACCAUCCAUGUCUUGACUCAUGGCAGCUGUUUCUCAUGAAGCUAAUAAAAUUCUUUUUCCAAAUUU